AUGAGCCCUCAACGGCGAGACGAGGCUAUCCUGGGAACACCGAUCCCAGACCGGGGCCGCAACACUUCGGGGGAUGUCUCAAGAGCAUCCAGCCAUGUACCCACAGAUCGUGAUAUUCGGAACCCUCUGCAUGAACCCCGCAACGUCUUCCAGUACGACCAAGCUUCGCGACAACAGUUCAUUGGUGAGUCGACAUGUUCGCUCUUUGGUGACCGUUUGCUGCAAUGCUUGAAUCCACAGGCCACGGUGAUGGCUUCGGAGUACCGGUAUACUCAGGGAGACGCAUUCGCACGUCAAACGGGAGAGAUGCCCAGUGUGAAGCUUCCGGAGCGCAUACGGGCAAAUCUAUUGGUCCGUGUCGCCAUUCGAUUCAUUGGGCAGGACUAUCACUUCUUUCUGAAAGAGGAUUUCCUGCAGCAACUCGACCGAGCUUACAUCACGGGCGAGUACGACGCCGUAUGGGCGUGCAAGUUCUUUGCUACCCUUGCCCUUGGAGAGUUGUAUUCUACAGCUGCUCCAAGCGAUGGUAUCGUUCCAGGUACAGAGUACUUUCUGACAGCACUAGAGCUGCUUCAAGACCUAUACGAGGAGCCAACAACGUCACAAGUCGAGACAAUGCUCCUGUUCUGCUUUUACUCAAACGCACUUGGCCGUGUCAAGUCGGCUCAUGUUCAUGCCGGUAUCGCACUGCGGCUGAGCACCUGUCUGGGACUACACCGGAGCAUGCCGGCAGGUCUUACACCGGUCGAACAAGAGCAUAGGAUCCGUCUAUGGUGGACCGUGUACAUCUUCGACCGUUCAACGAGCACCAGGCUUGGCCAACCACUAAGCAUACAAGAUGCUGACAUCGAAGUCGGUAUGCCAUCAGAGAAAUUGCCCCCAGAAGCUCAAGACAAGUUUGACUCGCCGGCCCAUCUGAUCAUCAACAUCAAACUGAGCAGGAUUGUUGGUUGUAUACUGCGUGACAUAUACGGUGUGUCAUCUCGAUCGAGCAACAGCUUCGUCAGUAAUGUACGAAACAUUCUCAAGCAGCUCAAAGAACUAGACGCCAACAUGCCAGACAGUCUAAGGCUCAAACACAGCACAUCCCACCGUCAUGUUGCAUCGCUACACCUACACUUCAACCAAUGCAUCAUACUGACAACCCGGCCGAUAUUGCUGCAUGUACUCAAAGCCAAGAACCCUUUCGGGGCAAACAAAGCAGUGACGCCUCCUAUCUCAGACACAGCAAAGAUGCUUGCCGAGUCAUGCAUCUCGGCUGCCCGGACAUCAAACAGUCUUCUUUCUCAAUUGUUUGUGGAGAAUGCGCUGGCCACAUACGGGUACUUUGAUGCCCACCACCUUUUCUCUUCCACUUUGGUAUUGAUCAUCUCAGCAAUUAUCUCACCCAAUUCCAGUGACUCGGAUGCUGUCCAGACGGCGUUUCACCUUCUGAAAACGAUGCGAGACAACGGAAACAUGGCUGCAUAUCAGUACUAUGCCCGACUGGCGCAUAUUCAAUGGAGUGUAGGGCGAUUUCGAGCUCGCAGCACCAACAAAGACACAGCUCUGGAACCGUUGCCCGUCACCGAUACCCCCGUCUCCUUGCCAGAGGAGGCAGCGGAGAGCCUUGACGUCAACAACUACGACUGGAAUACGUUUCUGGCUCCCAGCGAUCCACUAGCCAACUAUGACUGGUCUGGGACCGGUCCAGCGGUUGACCCUCUCGAUAACCCUCUUCUUCAGACAUUCCUGGAUCAUACGGAUGCGAGCUGGGACGAAAGCCUCGGACUGACGAACGAGGAUAUGGAUUUACUCCUAUAG